AGUUUUGGCUCGAGCUGUCAAGCCCACCGCCUGCCCUUUUCGUCUCCCAGCGCGCCCCCCUUGCGCGAUGCCGCCGAGGGUGGAACUCUACACCGCGUACGAGCUGUCCCCCGUCCAGGAGAAGGUCCGGGAGGGCAGCCAGAGCGGGAAGUUCGGCUCGGUGCCCAAGCGAUGUGUCGUCACCGGCGGCCUGGGCUUCGUCGGGCAGCGGCUGGUCGAGACCCUCGUGGAGCGGGGUGCGGAGAAGGUCGUCUCCUUCGACAUCGUGCCGGCGGCGGCCAACGUCUGGAAGCAUCCAGCGAUAGAGUACGUCACCGCAGACCUGCGGGAUUUAGACGCAGUCGUGGAGGCGUUCAAGGGCGCGGACUGCGUCUGGCACAACGCUGCGGCUGUUGGGCCCUUCCUCCCGAAGCCGUUCUACCACGAGAUCAACGUCGUCGGCACGCAGAACGUCAUCGAAGCGUGCAAGAGGACUGGUGUGCGAAAGGUCGUGUUCUCCGCAACGCCCUCGACGCGCUUCACCUGCACGGACGACGUUGAAGGGCUCACGGAGGCCGAGAUGCCAGAGAUACCCCAGCGGGAGUACGUUGCGGAGUAUUCCGCCACCAAGGCGCAGGCGGAGCUGCUCCUGCGGGAGGCCUGCGCCAAGGGCGAACUGCUCUUCGUUGCUGUCGCUCCCCACACGGUCUAUGGACCCAGGGACAACCUGUUCUUGCCAAACAUGCUCGAGGCCGCGGGCGUCGGCAAGCUGCGCGUGUUCGGGAAGGGGGACAGCCGCUGCGGCUACACGCACGUCGACAACUACUGCCACGGGCUGGUUAUCGCGGAGAAGCAGCUGUAUGACGGCUCGCCCCACCUGGGCAAGUUCUACGUGUGCACUGACGGGCACACGCACCCCGACCCAAGGGGGUUCUGCGUCUUCUGGGAGGAGUUGGACAAGGCUGUUGUCGGCAUGGGCUUCGACUCUGUCUGCGCGAAGUUCGCCCUGCCUUUCUGGCUUCUCAGGAUAGUCGCUUUCAUCUGUGACCGUAUCGGGGAUCUAACUGGCAAGAAGCUCAAGCUAGGCUGGUUCACGCUCAGGAUGCUCACCAUGCACCGGUGGUUCAGCGUCGUCGCAGCCCAGAGAGACCUGGGUUAUUCGCCCGUGGUGUCCUUCAAGGAGGCUUGGCCAGACACCAUCGAGUGGUUCAGGCUGAAAUGGCUCCCGACGUUCGAUCCUAAGUCUGCUUCUGGGACCACGGGCGGAAUCGCCCAGCAGACAGUCGACAAAGUGCAGUACCAGCAGAAGGCUAUGGGGACAUAGUGUCCCCAUGCGCACCGCCAUGCAUGUGUGCUGCCGCUUGAGCUGCAUGGCUGGUUUCUAUUGCCUUCUCCUGUGGCAUUUGUCUUCCGCAAGAAUUACCGGCUCGCCAUCUGCAGGAAAGGCGUGCCUUCGCAGAGGGUUUGCGUCGGGCCUCGCGCUGUAACACACACUGCACCAAAGUGUCACGUGGUGUAUUCAGGCGCAUGUGCUCGCUCGAGUACUGACACGACUUAGCGUAUCGCAAAAUCAAGUUUAGUUACCUUGCUAUGUGGCGUACGCAUUGCGCCUGUUGUGUAUGAUGUGGUAAACAAUCAUGUGCUCCUUGUGUUGAUCCGGAAGUCGCGUUUCGGAAGUCUUUUGCCAAA